CUUUUAUUUAUUUAUUUUGGUUGUGGGCUUGUUUGGUUUUUUACCUUCAAAACUUUCCUUCCCUUUUCUUCUAUCUUUAUCUCAUUCUUUCUUAUUAGAUUUCUUCAUUUCUUCAUUUCUAGGAAACCUCCUUUUGCAGCCUCAAAAUCCCUAAAAAGGCUCACAUCUGCAUCUGAGAGCUGAUAUUAAAAAAAGUGCAUACAGUAAGUAAAAAGUAAUUUAUAUGUUUGUUGUUGUUGUUGUUGUUGUUGUUGUUGUUUGUUGUUGUUAGAUCUUAUCCAUCAAUCGGAAAUAUUAUGGAAACCAAUAGCCUACUGAGCAGCAGUGGUAUGCAACAAAGGAAAUCUAGCAAAAAUGGGAAAAGUAAGAAGAGUAAGCCGGUGAGAGUAGUGUACAUAUCGAACCCAAUGAAGGUGAAGACGAGUGCGGCUGAGUUCAGGGCCUUGGUUCAAGAACUCACCGGCCAAGAUGCUGAAUUUCCAGACCCAUCCAAGUUGAAGUUGCCACCAACUGCAGCAGCAGCAGAAGAAACAGAAGCCGCCGAAGACAACGAGAACGAGCAUGAUCAUCAAGUACUGGAAGUGGGGGAUGUGGUGCAGGAUUCUCCCAAGAUGAUGAUGAUGAGAGAUAUUGAAGUGGUAGCGGACAGCAGCAGCAACGAGCUGCCUGAAAGUUCAGGUAAUUCAACGGCCCUUUACGAACCCAGCUGCAGCAGCUUUGAAGAUGCUUUUAUGCCUCAGAUGUUGGAAUCCAUUUCUGGUGCUUUUCCCGCUGCUCUUUUGUAUCACUUCCCUCAAUAGUCCAUCCCCUUCCUAUAUUGCAUUGUAAAUCCAGUAAGCCCUUUUUUUUUUUUUUUUUUUUAAUUUCUCUAUUAAUUAUUCCUUAUGCUCUUUCUUCGAUAAUAUUGUAUUUGUAUUGUAUUAUAUGUGCAAUUAACCAUGCUUUUUUUUUUUUUUUUUAUGUAAUAAUGGUAAUAAAAUUGUUAAUGUUCGAUCUUAUGAAAAUAGCAAUAUCUGUUUAAUUGUGAAUUAUCUGUUCCGUACUAUAUAUUACAGGUUAAUUUCGAGUACUGGUAAUCCUUUGGUAGCUAGGUUGUGGCCGGUAACUGGUAUGCAUAUGUAAUGAAGGAUCUCUUCUAAUGAAGCUGAAAUAUUUCAUAAAAUAAUUAAUUUUAUUUAGUACAUGGAAA